AUAUAUGGGUUUUCCUUUGCGAUUUGAUUUUGAGUGAUAUCAUUGAAAAAAAAAUGAAGUUUGGGGAGAUUUUUAAGGAAUAUUUGCAUGGUGACCAGGAAUGGUUUCUGGAUAAGUUUUCCCAUGUUGAAUAUAAAAGGCUUAAGAAAGUGUUGAAAAGUUGCAGGCGCUGUAGAGCAUUGCAUCAAACAGAUGAUGGACAGAAGCCAGCAUUGUCUCAGUUCUGUCAAUUUCAAUCUUGUCCAGUGUGUGAUAAGAUGUUCUUCACCGAGUUGAUGAGGGAAGCAACGGAUAUAGCUGGAUGCUUUAGUUCCAGAGUCCAGCAUCUCCUCCAUCUUCACGUCCCCACCAGGAUGCAGCGGUACAUGUUGCGGUUGCGCCAAUGUUUCAAGAACGACCAGCAAGUGUUGGUGGAAGAAGGGCAGAUGUUAAUCGAGUAUAUCACGAUGAACGCUAUUGCUAUCCGUAAAAUCCUCAAGAAGUAUGAUAAAGUACAUAGAUCUGCUAAUGGGAAGAACUUCAAGUCCAAAAUGAGGGCUGAACAUCUAGAGCUUCUGCAAUCGCCGUGGCUGAUAGAAUUGGGAGCUUUGUCAUUGAAUUUUAAUGGGUCAGAUUGUGAAGCAGAAUUCAUUCAGUUUUCCGGUUCGUUUUUGUGCGACCUCGAUGUGGAGGAACCGGUGAUGACAUUGAUGCUUCCUCAUUCAAUAAAGCUGGAAUACAACUUGAAGUGUGCUAUUUGCUUGGAUUUUGUUUUCAAUCCAUAUGCUUUGAGUUGUGGCCACCUUUUCUGCAAAUCUUGUGCUUGCUCAGCUGCUUCUGUGAUGAUCUUUCAAGGACUUAAAGCUUCAAGUCCAGAUUCAAAGUGUCCCAUCUGCCGAGAGGCUGGAGUUUAUGCUAAUGCAGUACACAUGCUAGAGCUAGAUCUGUUGAUUAAAAGAAGGAACAAAGAUUAUUGGAAAGAGAGGCUUGCUGCAGAACGUGCAGAGAUGGUGAAACAGUCCAAGGAGUUCUGGGAAUCCCAGACCAAAUAUGUGGUCGGCUAUUAAGCUUCAGUUCUUCAUUUUCUUUAAUUAUUGAAAGAUGAAGCCAUUGAUUAGUGUGUCUAGCUUUGCAUUAUCAAGCAAGGGGAGUUAGGCUUAGAUUAGACCUUGUAUGAGUUUAAGGUUUCUGAAUAAAUAAUAAACCG